UUGUGAGUCAAACGAACCCCCCUUUGGAAAUUCCUGGCUACGGGCCUGCCUGCACAUUCAAUGAUUCAGAAAUCGGCUGUAAAGGUAAAACUGGUUAUGCACUAUAGGUCAAGAUAUAAAAAGUUCUUUAUAUGAAAGCAAAAAAAAACAACUUUAAAAUGCCGACAUAUGCCGAAAAGUAGCUCCUGAGGGGUUACGAUAAGAUUUCCUGCUUAAUUCUAGAGACAUGGAAGUGAGUAAAAAUUUCAUACUCCUUCUGUAGGUCUGUGUAUUGAUAUUUUUUAGAGUGAAAUAAUAUCAAAACAUUAAAAAAUAUGGGUCAACUUAAGGAUUUUGCUAAAACAUCCACUGAGCCUUUACUACAUUAAUUGAUAUCUCGAUAAAUUAUUUAUCCAUGAUGAUGAUGUACUGGUAUUUUUAAAACAUAAAAGUCAUAUUCCCAAAAAACCUUGAGCUUGGACACAGACUCAUAUUUUUUUUUAAAUUUGGUUGAUUAUAUAGGGAAUCACUGAAACAUGAUCGAACAUUUAUUAAAACUUCUGGAUCCACCACUGGGUCACAUAAGUUGCACCCUAGAUACUUUACUUGAGUAUGUCAAUAUUUGUUUUUUAUUUCCCUUUUGUCUCAAUUAUAAGCACUUAUUUUAGCAUACAACAUGAAUAUAAUAAACAAACAUCAUAGGAUUUCUUUACAGUGUUGUAAACCUGGAGAUAUUAUAAAUAUUAAAGGAAGUCUAAGUUUUCUGUUUGAAUUCUUUCAUUAAAUAAUCACUGCAUUUUUAUUUAAUUUUGUAUUAUUAACAGCUCAACUGCAGGCUAGGGGCCAUUUUCCAUUUAUUAUGACUUUUUCCUUUGUUACAACUUUCAACAGUAAAAAGUGAGGAUUAAAAAAAUCACUUUUUCUAAAAACGUAUUUAAACUUUGGGUGUUCAGCUGAAUUUUGUAUCAGACAUAAUCUUAGACUUGUCUCUGAAUAUCCUGAUGAUGUUAAAUUCAACCAUCAUUUUUUCAUUCUGAUUCAAACAUUUGAAUUGUGAUUGCAUCAUGUUUAAUGGGAACUUGUGUGUUUUUCAGUAUUAAAUGGCAUACAAAUGUGCAUAUACCAGUGUAAAUAGUUUUAAUUAAUUUCUCUCUUUCCCUCAUUUUGAAAUUAUUAUCCACUCAUCUUGAAAGUUGUGAGAAAACUUAAUUUAUUUAACAAUAUUUCAUUAUUGUACAUGCAAAUGUAUAUAAAUGUGAUUUUCUUCAAAAUUUUUGUGACAUGAAUACAUGUAUUACACUUUUUCAUCCUCCUUUACAGCAUAGCAAAGAGAUUCCACUCAAAGUUUUUAGUGGCAAUAGAAUGAUAAGAAAAGGAAUAAUGGCUUCUUCAUAUAGUGAUUUAAUUGAAAAAUGUAAGGAGAAAUUCAUGGUUGACAGCAAUAUAAUUAGAUUGGUAUUAGAUGCUGAUGGAGUUGAAGUGGACCACGACUUCUUUAGAACUUUGGAAGGAAACACCCUACUGAUGUUACUGACAGAAGACGAGCAAUGGAUGCCUGCAGACAAUAAUUUCACUCAGAAUGUGGAUAGACAACCGUCACAUGAAAGAGUUACUUUAAAAUCAGAAGAGGAAAAGAUGAUUGCAAUGAUAGACAAGUUAAAAGAAAAAGUGAAGAAAAGGAAACUAGAACCUGCAAGACUUGAUAGGGAGCUGAACAACACACCUAGUAGCAGUAACUUAAAAUUUCAUUGUGGCUGGAAGCAUUUCUCCUUUGCAUCAAAUGUAUAUAAACAAGUCAAAGUCAAUUCAAGAAAACUCAAAGUAACUGAAUGUGUUAACCAAGUGAUAUAUGUUAAACAAAAUGCAACGUAUGACGAGGUAAUUCAGAAGCUAACUGAUAAAUAUUACCCUUGUGGCAGAAGCAAGAAAGGGCCUUUACAUAAAAUGACUCUGAACUUGGGAAGUUUCACUGAAACCAUUAAUCCAGAAAAAUUUUCGGCUUUAAAAUAUUACAAUGACAGAAAAACUUCAGAGGCAAGAAUUUACCUUUUGUCUAAGGAAAAGAUACAUGACAUGCUUGCCAUCACAGACUCAGAAUCUGAUGAAUUGGAAGACUUUUCUCUAUUUCCUGGGAUACCAACAACAUCAGCCAAGUCCUCACCAGACCCUGAAUCAAGAACACUAGGAAAGCCUAUGGGAUCUUCUGCAGUCAUUGUUCCUAGUAGACCAUCUAUACUAGGAACACCCAUAGGUGCUUAUGGUGGAACAUCCAUAGGUGCUACUGUUGGAACACCCAUAGGUGCUACUGUUGCAACACCCAUAGGUGCUUUUGGUGGAACACCCAUAGAUGCUACUGUUGGAACACCCAUAGGUGCUUUUGGUGGAACACCCAUAGAUGCUACUGUUGGAACACCCAUAAGUGCUUUUGGUGGAACACCCAUAGGUGCUUUUGGUGGAACACCCAUAGAUGCUACUGUUGGAACACCAAUAGGUGCUACUGACCCAACACCAAGUGCAUCGUUGACAACCAAACGUAUUGUAUUUCAUGCUGAUACCCCCACAGUUACAUUCUCAUAUGACAGACGUUGUCAGAUCUGUGUCGAUCGGGAAAGGGAUUCAUACCUGUCACCAUGCGGUCACACAUUUUGUCUCGUCUGUGCAUUGCAAGUUGAAGAGAUGGGGCAAAACUGUCCAUCCUGUAGGGGAGAAAUUGACAAAGUGUGUUCCAUUUUUCUAUAACUUAAGUUAUUAUUCAUGUUGAUAGAUUGUACUUUUUUGUAAUAAGAGUGUACAUUUAUUUAAAAUGUUUGAUGUUUACAAGUUGUAGACAAACAUAUAUGCUGGUUCAAAGGAUGAGGUAGAAAGAUAGCAAAUGUUUUUGUUUGUUUUUUUCAAAUUUGGAAAAUGAGCAGUUUCAUUCAUGUUUGGGAAUGGGAAAUAUUGAGCACAUUCAAGAACCUGGAAGAUAUUGAAAUGAAAUAUCAAACACAUAGUGUUCGUUACCAAGGGCAUUCUUUACUUCAAGGGCCAAAACAUUGAAUAAUUUUUUCAGUUUUCAUAAUUUUGUGUUUUUUCCUUCCUCCAAACAGUUUGUACUAUGUGAAAUAGCAUAUAGAUUUGUUAAAUAUCUGUAUUUGAUGCAAGCAUAUGACAUUUAUGGUAUACACUUAUAUAAUUUGAUUAAAUGAACUUAAGUAUAUUAAAGGUAAAUUAUGACUUGAUUUUACUUCGUAGUGUAUAAUGUUAAAAAAAUACUUUUCACGAAAUUCAGUAUUAAUGACUAUUCUUUAAUUCACAAAAAAUAUGUUAUUAUUAGAAAAUUGACAGAAAUUGUAGUCAGUGUAUAGUGUCCAUAACCAUCAGAAAUCCAGUAAACAAGUGCAUUUUAAAGAAUUGUCUUUUCAGAAAUUAAUUUUUUAAUCAUUCCUUUAGUGCAUAUCACUUGUUCUGUGUAGAUAUUUUUAUUUUAAAGAUUUGAAAUGACUUCCUUAGUCCUGUCAAUGUCAAUAUGUCUUGUUUGUUUUCAUUGAAAUAACUUUAAUUAUAUAAAUACAUUUACAAUCUAGCAGCAUUCUGGUAUUAAAAAUGUCAAGAUUAAUAGAACAAUACAUUAAUUUGAUAUCUUACUUUUGAAAAAUGAUUCUUAAUGAUUUACUUUUGAGCUCAUUCUAGAUACCAUUUUGUAAGAGACCCAUUAUCUACAGUGAUUUAUAUUCCCAUGAAUAAUAGGUAUAAUCCUGAUGAUUUUGAUGGGUUACAUGUAUGUAUACUAAAUCACUCAUUUUAAGAGCUGUGCAGUAAUUAUAACAUUCCUAUUUUUUACUUUGCAAGAAAAAGGGUGUAAAUUUGUAAAAUGUGAAAGAUUUUUUGGUUUUUGCAUUUUGUUAUUUAGUUGUAAAACAAUCAUGUUUAUGUUCAACACUUAUGAUAGGUCAUAAGUAUUUAAGAGGUUAUAUUUACAAGUAGUGUCUGUAACCAGCACUUACCUUACUGGUUACAAAGGAUAAUUUAAACAACUUUUCAUUGUUUUUCCCAAUUAACAAAUGAGUUUUACAAAUUUCAUGCAUUAUUUAUUUAGGAUCACAAAUGGUUUGUCUAUUAUGCUAACAUUUUUUACCUCAAGUGCAACACUACUGUCCCCUUUAUUGUGUUUUACCCAAAUAUAUCAGUUGGUUACUAAUAGUUCCAUCAUACACAACAGAUGUUCUAUGUUAUGAACUUUCAGUCUGUUGGUCAUGACCUCGUUUUAAUAGUAAGUGACUUUAAAAAAAAAAGUUGUUCGUUGCAUUGUUAAUUUUUCUAUUAUUGUGAGUAAUAAGAUGUAUUUGUGGUAUCUUGGAAAAUCCUUGUGUCUGUAAAGACAGCUUUCACAUUGCCUCAUUUCAUGGAUCUGUGAACAAGUUUAGUUUUCAUGGAUCUAGUCCAUAUAUUUAGUAUAUGGAAUGGUUGUAAGGUGUACUGCAUGCAGGGGUCGAAUUUAAGCUUUUUGUGUACUGGCCAGCCGGACCAGUGGACUGAAAAUCAACUGGUCCGGCUCCAAAUCUACUGGUCCUGCUAAAAUGACAUGCAUUUGACAACUUUAUCAACUGUAAUACUUAGUAUCCCCGUAAUUGAUGUCACAGGUAAAUUGUUUUGUUAACAAACUGAGAUUGCGAAGCAAUCAGAGAUUUUUAUUGGCUAUUUUCUACUGGUCCGCCAGAUCACCAGCUGACAAAAUCUACUGGUCCGACGCAAAUUCUACUAGUCUCCGACCACCGGACCAGCGCUAAUUUCGACCCCUGACUGCAUGUCUACUAGUGUUGUCUGACCUUGACCUCAUUUUCAUGUUUAAGUGGCAGAAGUUAAUUUUUUGUGGUUUGGUUUAGUUUUGAGAUACUAAGCAGUCAUUAUAUGAUAUUUGGUUAAUGGAAUGUUUUUUAAGGUGUACACAUGUUUGUUUAGCAGUAAUCGUCUGACCUUGACCUCAUUUUUAUGGUUCAUUCAUCAAAAGUAAUCUUAUUUGGUUAACAUAAUGAGUUAUAUUUAGAUGGCAUCUGCACUUCACCUUAUUUUAAUGAUUUACUCUGGUCAAUGUUAAAUUUCUCUCUGGUAUGGUCUUUUUUUCAGAUGCAAGAAUACAUGAAUAUUUACAUAUAUACAUUAUAUUUGGUGUAUGUAAUAAUUUUAAGGUGUGUUUGUCUGUCUAGGCAGUUGCCUUCUGACCUUUACUAAUAUUUUUUUGCAGUGAAAGGCAGGGUUCAACACAUCACAACUAUCAAACUUGGGUUGUUUUUUUUCUAGCCUCUUGAUUACAUGAAACUGGAAAAGACAUUACUUGCUUUGGUGGUAUUACAUCUUUAAGUGAAAAAUUAUAUCUAGUAUAUUGAAUAUUUGUAAGUUGUCUGUCUCAUAACUUUCAUCUUGCCUUGACCUAUGCUUUAUUUAGCAAUUCAGUUUUCUGGAAUAAGUUUUUUUUUUCAAUGAUACUUGAACAUUAGGUUAACUAAAUUUUGAAUGAUUUUACAUAUAAAACCUACAUGUCUGCCUAAAAGGGUAAAUCUCACUUUGACUCCAUGUUCAUAGAUAAUUAAAAUGAUAAUGUAAUGCUUUGUUUUGAACACUUAUACAGACAAAAAAUCGGUGUGUCCACUCUUGUUACAUUGUAUAUAUAAACUGUCAACUUUGUUAAUUGAUAACAAUAUUUGUUUUUGUUAUAUUUACAUAAUGCAAGGUAUGCAAGCAUUGUUCUGUGAUUUUUUUAUAGGCUGACUGCUAAAAAUUUGCAUUCUUUUAUGGCCAUCAUGUUGUUAAUGUUGUCUGUAGACAAUUGGUUACAUCAAGCUUGGAAAAGCAUUUAAUUAUUUACAUUUAAUCACUUUUUUAAAACAUUUAUAUGCUGCAAAGUCUGCGUGAUUUUUAUAC